CUAGGCCGUGGCAGCAACGUGGAUGUGGUGGUGGGGGAGACAGACUACAGCAGCUACGCCAUCCUGUACUACCAGAAGCUCCGGAAGAUCUCCAUCAAGCUCUAUGGACGCAGCGUCCGGGUCAGUGACGCCAUCGUGGGUAAAUUCGAGCAGCGCAUCACAGAGAUGAACAUGAGCGAGGACUUCACCUACUACUUCCCCACGUAUGGAUUCUGUGAGUCCGCGGAUCAAUUUCAUCUGCUCGAUGGUGAGUUGCAACCCCCCAAGGCCCGUUGCUGCUCUACUCACCCCGGCCGGCAGGGCAAGUGCCCCCGUGCUCCCCAUCAGCCUGCAAGGCCUAGCGGGUGGGAUGGUAUUGUGCAGCCCCAGCUCAGCAGGGAGAGGGGGCGGGGAUAGGGCAGAGGGAAGGAA